UGUCUGUGUUGUAUGUCUGUACCAUCAGGUGCUGAUAUGUGCUCAAGAUGAGUGGCCUGGGGGAGAACUCCUUAGAGCAGCUGUGCUCUGACCGGAAGCGCAAGCUCUCCACCUGCGAGACGCCUGGCCUGGGAUGCGACAAGCGCCGGAGGGAGCAGGAGAGCAAGUACAUCGAGGAACUGGCCGAGCUGAUCUCAGCUAACCUCGGCGACAUCGACAGUUUCAACGUAAAACCGGACAAGUGCGCCAUUCUCAGGGAAACAGUGCGGCAGAUCCGGCAGAUCAAAGAACAAGGGAAAACCUGCUCUAGCGACGAUGACGUCCAGAAGGCCGACGUCUCCUCCACGGGCCAGGGAGUCAUCGACAAGGACCACCUGGGGCCGCUUCUGCUGCAGGCCCUGGAUGGCUUCCUUUUCGUGGUCAACCGGGAGGGGAGUGUGGUGUUUGUGUCGGACAAUGUGACUCAAUACCUGCAGUUUAAGCAGGAGGAGCUGAUUGGCACCACCGUCUACAACAUCCUCCACCAGGAGGACCGUGAGGAAUUCCACAAAAACCUGCCCAAGUCCAAUGCAAACGGCGUGUCCUGGGCGGGUGAGGCUCCCCGGCAGAAAAGCCACACGUUCAACUGCCGCAUGCUGGUGAAAUACAGUCACGGCCCCCCUGAGCAGGGUCCCGAGAGUCCCCCCCGGUACGAGACCAUGCAGUGCUUCGCCCUCAGUCAGCCCCGUGCCAUGAUGGAGGAGGGGGAAGACCUGCAGUCGUGCAUGAUCUGCGUGGCGCGCCGCAUCACUGCCGUGGAGCGUUCGGACACCUUCGAGACCCGGCAUGAACUUUCAGGAAAUCUGGUCCAUAUUUCCCCCGGCACUCUGCGGACCUCAAUGCGACCCGGCUGGGAUGACGUUCUGCGUCAGUGCCUCCAGAUGUUCCUGUACCACAGCGAAGGCCAGCCAUGGUCCCACAAGCGCCACUAUCAUGAAGCAUACAUGCAGGGCCAGGCAGAGACCCCAACGUACCGCUUCACCUUGGCGGAUGGUACCAUGGUAGCAGCGCGAACCAAGAGCGUUUUAUGUCGCAGUCAGAUGACCAAUGAGCCUCAAGGAUUCAUCUCUACCCACAUGCUGCACCGGGAGCAGAAUGGCUACCGCUCUGUGCAGACUGCCAUGAGGCCACAGGGCAUGGGAAAUGCCAACACAGAGACCCAGAUGAACAUGCCCCCUGUAGGUGGCCCUGGCAUGAGUAUGAACCGGGGCUAUGGCAUGAACGAGGGCCAGAUGGGCGGAGUCAUGUACGGCAGUGGUGGAAACCGAAUGAUGCAGAUGAAUCAGAUGCCGCAGAUGAAUCAGAUGCCGCAAAUGAAUCAGAUGCCGCAGAUGAAUCAAAUGAACCAGAUGAAUCAAAUGAACCAGAUGAACUCAAUGAGUCAAAUGAAUCACAUGAAUCACAUGAGCCAGAUGAACUCCAUGAAUCCCAUGAACACCAUGAACCAGAUGAAUUCGGUGAAUCCAGCAAGUCAGAUGAAUCUGAUGAAUCAGAUGAGUAAGAUGAACCAAGCCGGCAUGUCACAGCAGCAGCAGCAUCAGCUGCCCCCCUUUCCGGGUGGGGGGUAUGGCUUGGGCAUGAACAGCCCCUCCCAAAGCAGCCCUAGUAUGAGUGCUCCCCAGCCCAGCUUGAUGAUGUCCCCAAGAAUGCGUGGAAGUCCCAAAACUGGAGCCAGCCAGUUUUCGCCCGGAGGUCUCCACUCCCCCUUAGGCCCGGGCAGCACUGCUGGUUCUGGUGGCUUUUCCAGCAGCUCCCUCAACGCCCUCCAGGCCAUCAGCGAGGGGGUGGGCAGCUCGUCGCUGACCCCACCCACCCACAGGCCCGAUGGCUCACCUGGCACCGGUGCCUCCCCUCCACAGCAGAGCCGGGCUUCCAGGAGCCCCGAACCGCACCCCAGUGCCCCGACGCCCCCUCCAGGGCCCGACGGCCAGGCAGCCCAGCACCGAGAGGGCAGUGAGGCAGCACCAUCCAGUGCGGAAGCUCCAGCCAGGCGGCUGCCGGACAGCAAGGGCCAUCGAAAGCUGUUGCAGCUUCUCACCUCCCCUACUGAGGAUCUCACCAUGACAGGAGCUGCAAGCCCCCCCUCUGCCUCAGUGUCCUCCUCCUCCUCAGCUGGGGCUGGGCCGCCGGGUCAAGGUGGCACCUCCUCUUCCUCCUCUGCCGCCACCACUGGCCCUUCUGCCCACUUUAACCACCCCCUGCAGGAGAAGCAUAAAAUUCUCCACAAGCUGCUCCAAAAUGGGAACACCCCCGAUGAGGUGGCCAGGAUCACCGCUGAGGCCACGGGGAAGGCCAUGGGUGUGCAAGACCCGGGGGGAGCAGAGUCGGGGCAGGGAGGUGUGGCUGGGGUGGGAGGUGUGAAACAGCAGGAGCAGCACAGCCCUAAGAAGGAGAAGCCCCAUGUGCUGCUGCACUACCUCCUCAAGGACGAUUCCAAAAAGACGGAGCCCAAGCCCAAGAUGGAGGAGCAGGAGAACAAGGCCGGCCCAGUCCCCGAGGGCCAGGAGGGCAAGAUCAAAGCUGAACCUCCUGAUGAGUUGGAGUCAAUCCUGGGGGGUCUUGGAGGGUCAGGCUCUGGCUUCUUCCCAGAGACCUCUGGAGGAGGGAGCGAAGGAGGGAGCAAGCAGGCCAGCUGCACCGACAACAGCCACGAUGCCAGGAGUCCAAGUAUGGUCUCAGGGUCUCGAGCUCCAUUCCAGAGAGCCCUGUCUAUGGACGCAAAGCCCGCCACAGGCGCAGGUCUGCCGGGUCGCCGUAGCGCCCCCUGUCCCGGACCUAUCAAACAGGAGAGUGCAGAUGGUGUGGGCUCCAUGGGCGGGGCUGAUGGUUUCCCCGGCAACGCAGGAUUGAUGAACAGGGGGAUGGGGGGUCCCCAGCGAUCACCCAUGGGAUCCUCAGUGGACUGGGGCAUGCCGCCAUCUAGUGGCAGUCCAGUGGGUUCUGCUGGUCACCCAUCCAUGCAACGACCUGCCAUGGACUACACCCCCAAGGGCAUGAUGGGAGGAGGGGCCCUGGUCGGACGGUCCAAUAGUGUUCCUGCCACUCGCUCAAUGCUGCAGCAGCAGCUGAUGGACAUUGGUCCAGGUGAUGGCAACAUGGGUUUGAGUCCCUUUGGACCACAGGGUGGCCCCAGUCCCUCCCCUUCCUGGCCAGAUGGACCAAUGGGAAUGGAGCAUGGUGUGCAGAGCAGUCGGGGAAGGCGUCAUUUUGGCAACCCACUGGAAGACCUCCUAGUGCCCCCUAGCGGCGGCGAGGGCCAGAGUGAUGAGCGAGCUCUUCUGGACCAGUUGGACUGUCUCCUGAAUAACACGGAUGUGAUGGCGCUGGAGGAGAUUGACCGUGCGCUGGGCAUCCCCGACCUCGUCAGCCAGGGUCAAGGGUCAGAACAGCCAAUGGAGCCCUUCCCUGGCCAGGACUCGCCUGCAGUGAUGGAGCAGAAGCCGCCGUACGGCCCGGGCUACCCAGGCGGCCCUGGUAUGCCCAUGCAGGCCGCCUACGGGGGCGGCCCGGCGCCCGGCCAGCCGCAGGGUUUCGGGCCGGGCAUGGGUGGCAUGGCAGGGCAGGGCGGCUUCCCUGGGGCAGGCGUGCACCCCCGUGCUGGCAUAAUACGGCCUCGCAUGAUGAGUGCCACCAAGCCACUGCGCCUGCAACUGCAGCAGAGACUCCAGGGACAGCAGUUCAUGAACCAGACCCGGCAAGGCCUGGCCAUGAAGAUGGAGGGCCCCACCGCAGGAGGCCCUGGGCUCCGGGCCGGCAUGCAGCCUGGCAUGGGCGGCCAGGCCGGCUUCCUGAAUGCGCAGAUGGUGGCGCAGAGGAACAGGGAGGUGUUGAACAUGCAGCUGCGCAGGCAGAGGAUGAUGAUGCUCAUGCAGCAACAGCAGCAACAGCAACAACAGCAGCAGGCCGCCGCCGUCGCAGGGGGGUUCAGCCCCCCACCCAACGUCACAGCCCCCCCAGGGAUGGACCACCCCAUGGCGGGGCCCCCUAUGAAUCAACCAGGGCAGCAGCAGCAACAGCCACCCUACCCAUAUGGGGGAAACUAUGGUAUGAGCCAGCAGGGGGAGCCAUCGUUCGCCCAGUCGGCAGGCAGCCCACCCAGGAACAUGAUGCCCGGUCACAUGGGCCCUGGGCAGAACCCCAUGAUGCAGCAGCACCCCCAGGGAGGUUCCAUAUACCAGGCAGCUGACAUGAAAGGCUGGCCACCGCAAGGGGGCAUGGUCCGCAGCAACUCCUACCCUCAGCAGCAGUUCGGCCAGCAGGGGAACAUGUCGCCCUACGGUGGCAUGAUGAUGAACGGCUCCAUGCCCAGCGGCGGGGGCGCCGGCGCUGCCAACAUGGGCCAGAUGCCGGGCCAGAUGGGCGUGAACCCUAUGGUCAUGGGCAGGAUGCAGAUGGGUCCCGAACAAAAGUACUGUUGAUGCCCCCAGCACGCAUGGGAGGAAACCUCACUGUGAACCCAGCAGAGACCCCAGUGGUGUCUGGGUGCUUCACAAGGCCUGCUUGUGGGCGGGGCUACAUCUGGAUGCCGCCUCUUUGUAGCCGGGACAGCCCCCCCCUCACCCUCAGCACAUCGGCUGCUGAGCGAAAGCUUCUGUAAAUGGGACAGACUGUGUGGUGCAAAUGCUUUUAGCCUUUGAUCCUCAAGAUCUAUUUAUUUACCUGUCGGUGGGUGAUCUGGGGGAAAAGGAAGUUCGCUCUUCUGCAGGACGGAGGUGGCCCCACCUCUGCCUGCAAUGCGUAGAACACGUCUUGGUCCUGCGAUGAAGAGGCUCUGUUUCACAUGUACAAAAGUGUAGCAGUCAUGCAGUGUGUAGUCUUCACUGUGCAGAAACGCUCUUUGCUUUGGCCCCCGAUGGGCUACGGUACAAACAAAAAAGAAUUAACGUUUUAGUGGUGAUUGCACUUUACAGAAAGGCUAAUGUUGAAAGGAUUGUUGCAAUAUUUCUUAGUCAUUAUAGCCUUAUUCAAGAAUCUUUUUAAACAGGACUUUAAUAAUAAAAAAAAAACGUAAUGGCAAGUAAGCACAGAUAUUCCUUUUAUUAUGCAGUUUUAAGCAAUAAACUUUCCUUCUAUGCUUGUAGACUGAUAGAAAUGGAGAAUCAUCAAUUCAGAGCAAAGGUACUGCAGUAUUAGAUGUGAUGUCAAAUCUGGAAUUUUCCUGUCUGUGAAUAUAGAUUGUAAAUACGCUUGAAAUGUAUAUCUGCUUUUGUAGGUAACAUACUGUUUUUGCACAAAUUGUAAUGCUUAAUAUUUAAAGUAUACUUUUCUUAUUCUAUUUCUUUUAGGUCAAUUCAGCUUUUAUUUGUUGUUUUUUUUUUGCUUGGGAAAAAGUGAGGGGGGUGUAUUAUUCCUAUUUUGAUAUUUGACUUAUUUCUCAGCGGUAAAUCAGCCAUCUUUUUUUGAGAACUGCACUUUUAUUUCUAAACUGUUUCCCCCAUUUCUGACAAAACAGCCUUGAUUUAUAAAGUGGUGCUUCUUCUUAUGUUUUGAUUUUAAAUUGUUCACUUUUAAAAACAAAGAUUCUAAACACAGCAGCAUGAAAAGGGAGAGGGUGAGUUCCGCCUGCUGCCUGUAGGAAGAUGAUCUCUGAAAGUGCUCUCCUGCACAGUUACAAACUCUCUCACGCCGUUUUGUUCAAACGUCAUUCACCUUUUGUCAUGUGGGCACAGCCCUGAGGUAAAAUCCAUCGUCCCUGUACAGAUUCAUCGAGCUGCAAAAACAACUGUCCUGAAAGAAAUAUGGGAGUGGAGGGUGUUAACGGAACAGCCAGGACUCUGCCAGACCAAGGACAACUUAGUCCUCUCAGUCAUCUUGUUUGUGAGUAAGGGUACAACCUAAUACUACAGCAGAGACUAGGACCAGCUUUGGGGCUGCGGCUGUCUUUUAAUGGGUAAGAAGCCAGAGGCAAAGGCAGAGCCGUUGCAGUACCUAAGAGGGAAUAUAAGGGGCGCUGGCCAACUGUUCCCCAUUAAUUUCAUUUGGUCAGAUCUGCACAAUCCAAAGACUCCCCAGAUAUAUUCCGCCUCACCCUGUAGUCACAUGUUGAUAGGCACCUGGAGAUGCGUAUCUCACACAAACACAUUUUGUAUUGUAUAAUAUUUACAAGAAAACACCAGGUUCUGAUCUGCAGAUAAGUGUAUGUUUAUUUUAAUCUCUUUAACAGCUGAUGGCCAGUGGGUGACUUUUUGUAGCAUCACGGGGAAAUUGUAAUUUUUUUUCCAGACUAUUUGAUAAAGGGGGUCAAUGCGGAUACAAGUACAAUUAAACUGACUAGGAGAAUUAUCCAAAUUAAAUGUUUUAGACAAAUCUGUCUUUGUGUAACUCGAUGUUUUCCAGGGGAGAAACCGUUUUUUUAUUUUUAUUUUUUUUUUUUAGUUGACUGAUGGUAAGAAUCUACAAAUUCUUUAAUUACUUCAUGAAAUUGUCUAGAUUUUUGUCUUGGUGAAGUGAAAAAAGGAUAAUAUCCAGCACAACAUUGGUCUGUGCUAAUGUCUUUGAUUCUUGAGAUUUGAAAAAGCCAAGUUUUCAUUUGGCGUUGUCUUGGUUAAAUAAAAAAAAGCAAUUGAAUAUGUUGUCAUAAUACCAGGAUGUAAAUUACAAUUGCGUUUGUUCUCUUGUUCCUUGAUGUUAAUAUUGAUGUAAAUACAAAUUUCUAUUUAAAUGUU